UCGAACAUCAAAAUCAAAGCUCUGGACGGAGACUCACAGCGCUGUUCAUUCCCCAAAAUCAUCGGCGACAAUGUCUGGACGUGGUAAGGGAGGUAAGGGGUUGGGAAAGGGAGGAGCAAAGCGUCAUAGGAAGGUUUUGAGAGAUAACAUUCAGGGAAUUACAAAGCCCGCAAUACGUCGUUUGGCUCGUAGAGGUGGCGUGAAGCGUAUCAGUGGAUUGAUCUAUGAAGAAACUCGAGGAGUUUUGAAGAUUUUCCUUGAGAAUGUGAUUCGUGAUGCUGUUACCUACACUGAGCAUGCAAGGAGGAAGACGGUGACUGCUAUGGAUGUGGUCUAUGCCUUGAAAAGGCAGGGAAGGACCUUGUACGGUUUCGGAGGUUAGAUUUAGGGUUUAAUUCGAAAAUUUAUUGUAGAUCAUUACUUUUGAUCUGGUAUUUCGUAGGCGAACUUGUUCUUAUGAGUUUCUGUAAGUUAAUUCCUCAUCAGUUGAGAAAUGACGGAAUGUUUACUUCCUUGAAGAUUUGUGCUAUAAGAAUUUCGCUUUUUCUCCUUGAUUCGUCAAUGAACUAUGUUUCCUG